UUUACAGUCACCACUCACCACAAAAUUUAAUGUCAGGACAAAGUAUUUAUAAGUUCAAAGGUAGGACUGAACACUCAGCUCCAGUAAUAGGAGGAUCACUCUACCUGUGGGCAGGGAAUCAGCCUGGUUUACCUGGAGUACACGAUUCACCUCAAAAGAGGAAACUGACCUCAACAGUUGAGACAUUUUCCUUUUCAUCAGCUCGCUGGUCCUCUCACCUAACAAGAGGCACUCCUCCAUUAGGAGUGGUGGGCUAUUCCUGUACCACCUUUCAUUCUAAUAUUUAUUAUUAUGCUGGCUGGUGUGGUCAUGAUCAUUGUUACCACAACAGUUUAAAUGUACUAAAUACACUGACCAUGAGCUGGACUCAAUUGCAUCCUAAUGAUGAGUCUAUGAUGAAGAAAGGCUAUGGUGGAAUGCUAUCACUGGAAUUUGAAGGAACGGACUAUCUUUUUAUGGUUGGAGGGAGAGGUACUGCACCAGCUGUCAAACAUCGUCAGUUUCAAUAUGAUCAGCUUAAGAGUGGACGUGUUCAAACUAAUGAACAGUUACUUUAUAAUCUAUCUAAUGGACAAUUCACUGUUCCAUCUGUCAGUGGACAGUGUUGCCCGCCAACUAGUAGUUUUACAGUAAACAAAAUAAAUCAAAACAAAGGAAUAAUGUUAGGAGGACUAGUAACUGAUUAUGACGGUUUUUCUUUUCCUACUAAUAAUGUGUACAUAUUUAAUGUGACACAUAAUACAAUAGUAAGUUAUCAUGUACAGUACAUUUUUUAUAACCUAGGUAUCAGCUUUAUUACCAAGCGCUAGCGCUUGGUAUGUAGGGUUGAGUUGGACGAGCGCGCCCCCAUAAUGGCUGCCAUCCCAGAAGCAUUGAGCCUGUGUAAAUCUUCAGGAAUUCUUUAUAGCUUAUCUGACAGUCAAGAUUUCCUUUAUAAUUUUAUUGAAACAGUUAAGGAAGAACUAGUCCUACAGUUUUUAUCCUAGAAAGAUAAUUUUUGCACGAUUCUGUUGCGCUUAAGGGACGCUAGUGCAGUGUGGUUUGGCAUUUUGAUUCUACAAAAUGAUUUCUUGUCGUUAUUUUCAAGUACACAGUUGAUUCACCAAGUGGUUGGACGCCAUUUUGAUGCAGCCAACUGCGCAUGCUCAGUAAUAAUUAUUAUAAUGGCUGGAACUGGAAGAGCCUUUUACAAUUACUGACGGUACUUACUGACUGAUUUGUGAUGAGAUUAAGAUGAUGUGCGUGCCUAAAGACACGACUAUCUACUGACACCACUCGCUUCAAUUACUAUGACUACACUGACUUCUGUGUUUAUGAUUUAUGUACCUCGUUUUACUUAAUCUCUUCUAGUAAAGGUA